GCGUAAGCUAAGACACGCGGGGUUCCGCUGCGCUGCCCUCGGGCCCGGGGUUACCUACUCCACAUGCGGGUAUUUCUCCCAAGUGCGGCUUCUGGGGAGCGGCGCGGGCGCGGGCGGGGAUUCCGGGAUUCCAGCACCGCCACGUCCCGGAGCGUUCGGCCGGGUUCCUUAAUUACCCUGCAGCAUGCGCAGCGCGGCCGGCCAGAGCGCCGCCGCCGUCCCCGCCGUCCUCCCUGCAGCCACUGCCGCCGUCGCCGCCGCGGGAACGUCCCAGUCGCCGCGGGAGGAAGACGCGGCCCCAGCCUCCGCCGCCUCCGCUGUCAGAGUCCCGCGGCCACCACCGAGAGCGCGCCCGCGCCGCCGCCACCGCGGCCGGGAGCAAGGAGGCGGUUCUGGGCGGCCCAGCUAAGGCGCUGCAGGGUCGCGAGGAAGUUUGUUGGCCCGGAACCAAGCACGCCGUCGGGCACGCUAGCUCCCCGAGAGCAGGCGGGCGCAUCUGUGGCCACUUGUUCACAUGGUUUCAAGGCACAAUGAGACUCACUGGCCCUUGGAAACUUUGGCUUUGGAUGUCAGUGUUCCUGCUUCCUGCUUCCACUUCCGUGACCAUUAGGGACAAGACAGAAGAAUCAUGCCCUAUCCUGAGAAUAGAGGGACAUCAGCUGACCUAUGACAACAUAAACAAAGUUGAAGUUUCAGGUUUUGAUCUAGGAGAGAGCUUUUCUCUAAGACGUGCAUUUUGUGAAAGUGAUAAAACCUGUUUCAAAUUGGGAAGUGCACUUCAUGUUAGAGACACUAUUAAGGUAUUUCCCAAAGGCCUUCCUGAGGAAUACUCAGUAACUGCCAUGUUUCGAGUAAGAAGAAACGCCAAAAAGGAACGGUGGUUUCUGUGGCAGGUUUUAAACCAGCAGAAUAUUCCACAGAUUUCUAUAGUAGUUGAUGGUGGAAAGAAGGUGGUGGAAUUUAUGUUUCAAGCCACAGAGGGAGAUGUGUUGAACUACAUUUUUAGAAAUCGAGAACUCCGUCCUUUGUUUGAUCGUCAGUGGCACAAACUUGGCAUCAGUAUACAAUCCCAGGUCAUUUCACUCUAUAUGGAUUGUAAUUUAAUUGCAAGGAGACAGACUGAUGAAAAGGACACUGUGGAUUUCCAUGGACGGACAGUUAUUGCUACACGAGUUGCAGAUGGCAAGCCUGUGGAUAUUGAACUUCACCAACUUAAAAUCUACUGCAGUGCAAACCUCAUAGCUCAAGAAACAUGUUGUGAAAUAUCAGAUACUAAGUGCCCAGAGCAGGAUGGCUUUGGAAAUAUUGCAUCAUCAUCGGUAACUGCUCAUGCCAGUAAAAUGUCUUCAUAUCUGCCAGCAAAGCAGGAACUGAAAGACCAGUGCCAGUGCAUUCCAAACAAGGGAGAAGCAGGAUUACCAGGAGCUCCGGGUUCAUCUGGGCAGAAAGGGGAUAAAGGAGAGCCGGGUGCAGUUGGUAAUAAAGGUGAAUUUGGUGCUCCUGGAAUUCCUGGGGAAAAGGGUGAAAAUGGUUUACAUGGUGCUCCAGGAUUACCUGGUCAAAAGGGAGAGCAAGGUUUUGAAGGUAGCAAAGGAGAAACUGGUAAAAAGGGUGAACAAGGAGAAAAAGGAGAUCCAGGUCUGGCUGGCCUUAAUGGAGAAAAUGGUUUGAAAGGUGACUUGGGUCCUCGUGGUCUACCUGGCCCAAAAGGAGAAAAGGGAGAUACCGGACCCCCAGGACCACCAGCCUUACCCGGUUCCCUGGGGAUACAAGGCCCCCAAGGUCCACCUGGAAAAGAGGGUCAGAGGGGAAGACGAGGGAAAACGGGACCUCCAGGAAAACCAGGGCCCCCAGGACCACCUGGACCUCCUGGAAUACAAGGAAUACACCAGACUCUUGGUGGAUAUUAUAACAAUGAUAACAAGGGAAAUGAUGAACAUGAAGCUGGAGGCCUGAAAGGAGACAAGGGUGAAACUGGACUACCAGGAUUUCCAGGGUCUGUUGGCCCUAAAGGACAAAAAGGAGAACCUGGAGAGCCUUUUACAAAAGGAGAAAAAGGAGAUAGAGGAGAACCUGGGAUAAUAGGAUCACAGGGAGUAAAGGGUGAACCUGGAGAUCCUGGUCCCCCUGGUUUAAUAGGAAGCCCAGGACUAAAGGGUCAGCAGGGAUCUGCAGGCUCCAUGGGACCCAGAGGACCGCCAGGAGAUGUUGGAUUGCCAGGAGAACAUGGUAUCCCAGGAAAACAAGGCAUUAAAGGAGAAAAGGGAGAUCCAGGUGGGAUCAUAGGCCCUCCCGGGCUUCCAGGUCCAAAAGGUGAGGCUGGUCCUCCAGGGAAAAGCCUGCCAGGGGAACCAGGAUUAGAUGGAAAUCCUGGAGCACCUGGUCCACGUGGGCCAAAGGGAGAAAGAGGACUUCCAGGUGUUCACGGUUCCCCAGGGGACAUAGGCCCACCAGGGGUAGGAAUUCCUGGCAGAACAGGCUCCCAAGGACCAGUUGGAGAGCCAGGUAUUCAGGGUCCUCGAGGUCUUCCUGGGUUGCCAGGAACUCCAGGGACUCCAGGGAAUGAUGGAGUUCCAGGGAGGGAUGGAAAGCCAGGCCUGCCAGGCCCCCCAGGUGACCCGAUUGCACUUCCUCUCUUGGGAGACAUCGGUGCUUUGCUCAAGAAUUUCUGUGGCAACUGCCAAGCCAGUGUCCCAGGGCUGAAAAGCAACAAAGGAGAAGAAGGAGGCGCUGGUGAGCCUGGAAAGUAUGAUUCCAUGGCCCGGAAGGGUGAUACAGGGCCACGGGGUCCUCCAGGAAUCCCAGGCAGAGAGGGACCAAAGGGAAGCAAAGGAGAGCGGGGCUACCCUGGGAUACCUGGGGAGAAAGGCGAUGAGGGUCUUCAAGGAAUUCCAGGCAUUCCAGGCGCUCCAGGCCCAACGGGACCCCCUGGCUUACUGGGAAGAACUGGACAUCCUGGUCCCACAGGAGCAAAAGGUGAAAAGGGCAGCGACGGACCCCCCGGGAAACCUGGACCACCUGGACCACCUGGUAUUCCAUUUAAUGAAGGAAAUGGCAUGAGCAGUUUAUAUAAAAUUAAGGGAGGUGUGAAUGUUCCCAGUUACCCAGGGCCACCCGGUCCUCCUGGCCCAAAAGGCGAUCCUGGCCCAGUGGGAGAGCCUGGUGCAAUGGGGUUGCCAGGAUUAGAAGGAUUUCCAGGUGUAAAGGGAGAUCGAGGCCCAGCAGGUCCCCCGGGAAUAGCAGGGAUGUCGGGGAAACCUGGAGCCCCAGGGCCUCCAGGAGUUCCAGGGGAACCGGGUGAGAGAGGACCUGUUGGAGAUAUAGGUUUCCCUGGACCAGAAGGACCCUCAGGAAAGCCAGGAAUAAAUGGAAAAGAUGGAAUACCAGGUGCUCAGGGCAUCAUGGGUAAGCCUGGAGACAGAGGCCCCAAAGGAGAACGUGGUGAUCAGGGGAUUCCAGGAGACAGAGGCCCACAAGGUGAACGGGGAAAACCAGGCCUUACAGGCAUGAAGGGGGCCAUCGGUCCUAUCGGUCCACCAGGAAACAAGGGCUCAAUGGGAUCCCCUGGCCACCAAGGCCCUCCAGGCUCUCCUGGCAUCCCUGGCAUUCCGGCUGAUGCAGUUUCAUUUGAAGAAAUAAAGAAGUAUAUUAAUCAAGAGGUCCUAAGGAUUUUUGAAGAGAGGAUGGCUGUAUUCCUAUCCCAGCUUAAGCUGCCAGCAGCAAUGUUGGCUGCCCAAGCUCAUGGGAGGCCUGGGCCACCAGGAAAGGAUGGGUUGCCUGGGCCACCAGGAGACCCUGGACCCCAAGGCUACAGAGGACAGAAGGGAGAAAGAGGUGAACCUGGAAUUGGGCUGCCAGGGAGUCCAGGUCUUCCUGGGACUUCAGCUCUGGGUUUGCCAGGCUCACCAGGUGCCCCAGGCCCCCAGGGCCCCCCAGGACCCAGUGGAAGAUGUAACCCAGAAGACUGCCUCUAUCCUGUGUCUCAGGCCCAUCAGCGGACAGGUGGGAAAUGAACACACCUGAAGAAGACUUGGUUCCUGGUGACACCUCCUUGCCAUUGGAGCUAUCUUAAUACCAUCAAACCCUCAUCAUCUGUGGGUUGCUUUUUUUUUUUUUUUUUUUUUUGGAGUAAGCCAGACAUUAAAAGCAACCAUUUGAAUCCUAUUCCUAUAGCAAUUGCAAAUCAGCAUUUUUUGAUUUUUCCCAAAUUCAUUCCAUAUGUUUUGCUUUACAAUUGCUAUGAUUUUUACUCAGAGUUUUAUAUGAAAUAUGCAAGUAAAUCUUAUCGUUAGUUCUUCUUCAAAAGGAAAUUGCAUCUUGUGACUUAGUAGACUGAUGAUGAUAUCCAUUUUGUAGACUCAUCAACAUGUGGUUGGCCUUUGAUUUCUGAAUUUUAAAGUUUCAGACUUUAAGUUUUCUUGGUGUUUAAAUUUACUAUCAUUGCUAAACAUUUUGUCAACUUUUUUGAUAUAGUGCAUUGCUCCUGUUGAAUGUUUUUUGACUACUUUUUAUAACUUAAGAAUUUUUGUACCAUCUACAUCUAUCCUACUUAUGCAGAAAAAUAGGCAAUAAGAACUUCAUUUUACAACUUCUGUUGUCAAAAAAAAAAAAAAGAAAAACCACA